AUGUCGUAUAGAGACUUGAGAAAUUUCACUGAAAUGAUGCGUGCCUUGGGUUACCCUCGGCUGAUAUCCAUGGAGAACUUUCGUUCUCCAAACUUUGCUUUGGUUGCUGAAGUCUUGAUGUGGCUUGUCAAGAGGUAUGACCCCAAUGUGGAAUUACCCAUGGAUGUUGAUACUGAACAGGACAGAGUGCUGUUCAUUAAAUCAGUGGCUCAAUUUAUGGCAACCAAAGCCCAUAUUAAGCUCAACACCAAGAAGCUAUAUGGUGCAGAUGGAUAUGCUGUGAAGGAAUUACUCAAAGUUACAUCUGUCCUGUACAGUGCAAUGAAGACUAAUGCUGGAAAUGAGGCUGCUGAAGAGUCCAAUGUCAAUUCCUUGACAUUUGAUAUAUCAUCAAGAAUAACUGAUUUAAAGGCAUCUCGCCAGCUUGCAUCUGAGAUAACAUCAAGGGGAGCUGCACUUUAUGAUUUGCUUGGUAAAGAAGUGGAAUUAAGGGAACUAAGAACAAAUGCUAUAGCCAAGCCUCUUGAAUUAAAUGAGCUGGAAAGCGGUAUCAAGAAGAGUGUUGCUGCAGUCAAGGAUGACAUAAAGAAGACCAAUCAAAUGUUGGACAAUAUUGCUUCUGAUGAAGCUAAUCUGGAAGCUAAAAUAGACAAGAAAAAACAAGAACUGGAGAGGAACCAGAAAAGACUGCGAAGUUUAGAAACUGUCAGGCCAGCAUACAUGGAUGAGUAUGAAAAACUUGAAGAGGAACUCAAAAAAGUAUAUGAGACUUUCAUGGAAAAGCAUCGCAAUUUAGCUUACAUGGAGCAACUACUGGAAGACAUUAACAGGGCUGAGAGAGACAGAUUUGAGGAGUCUGAAGCAACAAUCAGAAACAUGCAAACUGCAGACCACGGCCAAGGGAUUGACGCUGGAGAUGAACUGGGAGAUUUGGAUGGUGGUGAUGAUGAUGAUGAAAUUGUUGUUGAGGCAAACAAUACAAGACAGGCUACCAGACCACAAGCUGCCGAAGCUGGUGGUCGAGUCUUCGGUUCCAUGGGAGGAGGGCUUGAUUCUGAUGAAGAUGAAAGUGGUUCACUUUCUUCAGGAGAGAGCGACAUUGGUGUUGAUGACGAUGAAGACGAACUUCUCGAUGAUGACGAUAUGGAAGAUGGCCGCGGGGAAGGACGGGACGACGGCUCUCAGGCUAACAGUCUUAAUGACAGUGAUAAUGACUUCUAAACUAACUAAAGAAAGUUUGUAUAUAGUCUGACGUCAAAUAAAGACGUUACGUGAAACCCAAA